GAUUUUAGGUGUACUGCCUGUUUUAAUGUUUGAAUUGUUUAAUAAUACUAAAAAAAGACUGUAUAAAAGGCUUUAACCUAUCGUUCGUUCUUUUGUCACGUGAUGUGACCGCAUUGGAUUGAGAAAUUAAUUUACAAGCUUCCUUACAAACGGGUGCAUAGUCAUUAUUAUCAUCAUCAUCAUUAUCAUUAUUAUAAUUAUUAUUUACUCUUAAAGUUCUGUACAGUACAGUUUCUGGCCUCAAAUUGUAACUUUUUACUUCUUGCAGUUUAUAAAUGUGUGAAUUUCUGUCAUGAUGGUUAUUUUUCCAUACACUGAAUGUUGUAACAAAGAUAAUAAAAAGGUUGGUCAUUAUUAUUAUUAUUAAGUCUUUUUCCGGCUUAGACUGCAUAGAUUAAAGCUUAUGGGUCUGUCACGUGAUGAAUGAACGACUCGCAAAACCUGAAGACUCAUGAGAUGAUCUAAUCUGUUCUCUUUCCGGCUUAAGACCGCAUUGGUUACACUUAUGGGUCUGUCACGUGAUGAACAAAUGACUUGAAAAACCUGAAGACUCAUGAGAUGAACUAAUAAAUUCUCUUUCCAGCUCAGACUGCAUUGACUGAAACAGCUGAACUAUUAGACUAAUUCCAGUACAGAACUUAUAGAAUUUUGCGAACACGUGACUGAAUGAAUCACUCCAAGAGAUGACUUAAUUUUCCCGAGUUACAUUAAAGAUUCGUUGAAAAUGAAUGAAAAAAAAAAAAACGACCCAUUACUAGAAAAGAGCCUAGCAUUGGCUUAUAAAAGACAGAGACUGCGCGAUUUCUUCAUAUUUUUUAUCAUCACGGAAACACAAAAAUAUCAUAAAACAGGCCAAAAUUAAAUAAAAAUUAAUUAUAGUAACACAGCUUUUAACAUUAAGGGUAAGUUCACCCAAGAAUGAAAAUUUGUCCAUCUUCUACUCACCCUUGAAUCAUCCUAGGUGUAUGUGACUUUCUUCUUUCAGAAUAAUCGAAUCCAAGUUCUAUUAAAUAUUGUCCUUGCUCUUCCAAGCCUUUCAACGGGGGUAAGUGGGUGUUUGUUGUCAAAAUUCAGAAAAUGUGAAAUAAAGUGUGCACAUUUGUAAUAAAACGUCCCUCACACUCCGGGGAAGGAAUAAAGGCCCACUGUAGCGAAUCCAUGCAUUUUUGUAAGUUAAAUAUCCAGAUUUCAAACGUAAUAACACUUUUUUUCACACUUCUGCUGACUGUUGCGAAUCGGAAGACGUGCAAGCGGAUGUUGUAGUUAGUCAGCGAUGCAUGGUUAGUAAAAGCGGGGAGAAAAAAAAAAACAUAAUGCUGGGUACAAUUUAGAAGCACAAAACAAGGAUUUCCAAAGAAAACAUUUUGGGGAUUUUAAAAUAAGCCAAGAGGAGACUGGUGCAGUCGAUGCUGGCGUCAUCAGGGAUCUGCGCGCAGCAAUUGAUCUUGCACUGAUGGCUACUAAGCGCUCUGCUCAAGCCAUCGGCCAUUCCAUGGAGUUCAUGGUCUUCCUUAACAUGCACCUGUGGCUUUCCCUAGCUGAUCUGAAGGACGCCGGUCACGGAUCAUUUCUCCGAGAUGCAGAAGCAUGCCAAGGCGAUGAGCCAUGUGAUACCCUGUCACUCACUUCAGUCAUUGUCUGUGAGGUUCCACUCUUCUUGUGCACAUCGACAGGAUCAGGGACCGGCUAGACAGCCCACCGUGACGCCCUGCCCCAAACCAGACGCUCGUUUCGGCCGAAACAAGCAGUGGUCAGGGCCUGGAAAGGAAAUGUCACAGUCAGAGGAGGAGCACGCACCGCGAGAAAAUAACCAUUCACUCAAUUUUUUUCAAAUAAAUUUGUGUAAACUUAAGAUAAUAUGUCCUCUCAACUAAGCCUAAGCAAUAAAAUUAGCUCAAUUUAAAUAAUUUUGUUCUUCCAACAUUUUGUUAAUUGGAUUUUUUACAGUGUAUACAUUUUCAGUGUUUCAGUGCUUUCUACAGUCUCAGCCAAAUAUGCAGAGAACUAGUUGUCUCUCUAGUUUGUCCCGAAAAGUGUGAACACUGUGGUUUUGUGGCACAUUGUUUGUGUCGGUGGCCUGACAUGUCUUUUGCUGAACUAAUGUCAUUGAUUUUGACUGAGACUAGCUUUUUAUAAGAACAGUUAGAAAAGUGUUCUUGGAAACACAUAUGGAAACAAUCAUUAUUUUUUGUAAUACUGCCUCAGAGGCCACAGAAAUAAUAUACCAAUCUUUAUACCCACUCUAACAUGCUUAUCUAAUCAUUAAACAAGAUUAAAAAAUUAUUGGUAAUUUUUUAGUUUAUGAUACCAUGCAUUCAUGGAUUAGUACUUUUAACAAACUGACCACUGUAGUAAAGUAUUCAACAACUACAGUCUUAUGAAUAUCUAUAAUGACUAAUGCAAAUGUGUUGAUAUAAUCUGUAGCAAGUUGCACAGCAGUUGCUGUUAUGUUAAAAAAGAAAAUAUGUAAAAGCGCAUAUAGUGCCAGGCUCUGUGCAAGAUAAAGACCACAGGGAUAUCUUUAAGUGAACGUCUCUUGCACAUUCCUUCACGUUUGUCAUUAUUGUGAAAUGAAUGGCAGUGCUUUUUGUUCUUUUUUUUUUUUUUUUUACUACUUUCAUCAACAGAAAACCAAGUGAUUGGGAAACUGCUGCCAUGUAUCGAACAUGAGGAUGAGGCACAGUGCGGUCAUAAGCCACAGAUGUUAUCGGCAGCCUGACUUGCUCGCUGGGUACUGCAGACUACCUGUGUUUUCAUACUAAAUCAAAGUUGCACAACCACGCAUAUUUUGUUUUCAGUUAAACUUGAUGCUUAAAGUGACUUCUGUUGUUCUGUCUAAAAGCAAUCUCCAAUAUGUGUGCUUCCCGUGCCUGGGGUGUGUUACAUUUAUCCUGAUGAUGGUUUUGAAAAAGGAUGUUGUUAAGCCCUGCAAAAGUACCUCAACAUAUUUGUUGGCAUGUUAACUGGGUCAGUGCUGCAAAAAUAAGAGCUUGUGGUGUAUGUGAGCUGUUAUAACCAGAAAAAGAGGUAUGUUUUAUCACAGGCAUCGAAGCAUGUUUUUCUGACUGUUUGUAAUGAAAAAUGAUUGAAUACAUUGAGACUUUUAAGACUAGAGUUAACAUGACCACUGGAACAUUUAGUAUAUUUUAGCUGGAAUCUCUUGGAAUGUGUUGAUGGCAAACAGUGUUUGUAUAAUAUAGGUUUAAUAAAAAAUAUAUAAACGACAGUUAUUAAAACUGGAGAGAACAAAUAAAAAACAAGAUGUUAAAUGGACAUAGCAAAAUAUAUAUAUACUUUUUCAUGCCUAUUUCACCCUAACAGAGACUUACAGGAUACAUUAUCUAACCCCAGUUGAUCUUAACCAAUCAGGUUUAAGGGGGUGGGUUUCUUUCAAAGUAAUUGAGCAAAAACGCUUACUAACUCAGUCACAUUACCAUCAGAUUGAAAGAGAGAGAGCGACAAUCAAACCUGCUUCUCAGAAACAUGACAGAUCAAACUCCACAACAGACAAUGCCAAUGAAUGACAGCUCCAAAAACCAGACUUGUGAUGUAUUCAUCUACAAGGAGUCUGCGCGGAUCAUCUUUCCCACUUUCUAUUGCCUGGUUUUUAUCAUCAGUGUGGCAGGUAACAGCCUGGUCCUCUGCAUCACCUGUCAGAAAAAGCAGAAGAUGAACUCCACCACCAUGUAUAUCAUCAACCUGGCCAUCUCCGACACCCUCUUCACCUUGGCUCUUCCCGGCAGGAUCAUCUACUACAUCCAAGGCUUCGACUGGCCUUUUGGAGAUUUCUUGUGCCGGCUGACUGCCAUGAUCUUCUACAGCAAUACCUAUGCUAGCAUCGCCUUCAUGACCUGCAUCAGUGUAGAUCGCUACUUGGCCAUGCUGCACCGUCAGAGAUGUCAAAGACUAAGGAAAAACAAAGUUGUGCGAGGUAUCUGCAUUCUGGUAUGGGUGGUAGUGCUUCUUGAAACGUCUCCUCUGCUCAUGAAGAACACCAUGGAAUACAGGUCCGGUCAUCGAACGUGCAUGGAGUUCUCUAAUUUUGAUAGCCCCAGGAUGGCAUACGUUCUCCUGUUUGCUUGCAUAAUUGGGUUUUGCAUUCCAUUGGGACUCAUCCUGUGCUGCUACAGUCAGGUCAGCUACAAGCUCUCCAAGACGGCCAAGGAAAACCCGGUGACCAGCAGGUCUGGCAGCAACAGCAGAGCCAAAAAUAUGAUCCUGCUCAUUUUGCUGAGCUUUGGCGUGUGUUUCAGUCCCUACCACAUCAACAUCAUUCAGUAUGCAGUUAGAAGGCUGUACAAUGAGCCCACUUGUGAGGACUUAAAGACUUUGAAAAUGUCCCUGCAGGUAACCGUUUCCAUGAUGAACUUUAACAGCUGCCUUGACCCUAUUAUUUACUUUUUUGCCAUCAAAACGUACAAGCAGAGAGUCAUGAGUCUUUUUAAGAGCUACCUUUCCGUUUCAGCAUCCUCAAGGAGCAUGCAGGAAAACAGCAGCAGUAACACAUGAGGGCCAAUAUUAUGUGAAGAAAAAUAUGAUGGUGCAAACUGCAGAGGAAAUGUCUGCACACGUGUGAAAAUUUGGUUAGAUAGCUGUAGAGUGCAGAGUUUCAUACUUUUUAUUUCUGAGCAUAUGGAAUACAAUUUCUUAUCAUUGAUGGUGUAUCUGUUAUUUUGUCUUGGGAUUUUUGACCACAUUUUCUGUGAACUUAAGAUAUCUGACAUAAGAUCACUGAUAUUAUGUUGCUUUUUGGUGGUCAUUAGGAAUUUUAAUAUGAAACUAACAUGCAUUUGUCACUCAUAUGCAUUUAUAACUGAGGCUCAUUUGUUUUUGUAAUAUAUUUCAAAAUUGAGAGAUUGAGAUUAAUAUGCUAUUGGAUUUGAAUGUUUUUACUUGGUCUUGUAGGCCUGCCUUUGACGUCAAAUGAAAUUGAAAGGCUUAAAGCGAAAAUGGGAAAUUCUAUUAUCAUGUACUAAUCCUCAUGUUGUUCCAAACCCAUACGAAAUUUGUUCAUCUUCAGAACACAAAUGAAGAUAUUUUAAUCAAAUUUGAAAUUUCCAAAAAAAAAAAAAAAAAAAAAUUAUGAAUCAUGCAAUUUAAUCCAAGUCUUUUGAGGAAACAGGAAUGGUUUAUUUGAUAGCCAGCUUUGAUUUUGGCUUUUUUUUUUUCAAAUACAAAUUGAUAUUCUAAUUUAUGUCCUGAAAAUAAACAAAAGUUUUUGCCUUGAAACAAUAUGAGGGCGAGCAGGGGCGUCGGACUGGGGGUAAAACCAGUACUGAUUACCAGGGCCCAAGAGGAAGAGAGGGCCCUUGAAAAGUCUGGAAUAUAUAUUUCAGGGGGGCAUUAGGACUGCCAAUGCAUAGGGCCCGGGAUCUUGUGCAGUGCCCCUGAGGGCAAGUAAAUAAUGACAGAACUUAUCUAUUUUCAAUUUAGAGUGAACUAAGCCUUUAAGAAAAUUAAUUAAUUGGAAAAGUCCCACAUAAAGGUCAAGGAGGCUAAAAGACCAUUUUGAGUAAGAAUGAGUUAUUAUGUAGGUGUAUGUUAAUACCUAUUGAAAUUUCCAUAAGCUGCUGUGUAAAUACUGUGUUUUGCUUAAAAAAUGCUCACAGUGUGUGUUACAUUUCGAGAAACCCCUAUAACGGCAUUUUCCAUUUGGGAAUUUGAAACCCAUGUAGCUGUCAAUUGUGCUAAACAACUUUCUCUGAAUAUCAAUUAAAGAGUUAAU